GCCACCAUCAUCAACCACAGCAGGUGAUAAUGAUGUUUCCUGCUUUCAUCCUCAUUGGGGCUAGCCAGACCAACUUGGGGCUGUACUGGGGUGACGCUGUGUGCCUCAGGUGUAUCUGGAGGGCUGAGAUAGUGAGAAGGCACAGAUGCAGGGUGGUGAGGCAGUGUUCAUCCCAGGGGCACACCACACAGGGUCAGCAACACAGAUGGUGGUGGAGAGGCACCUGUGGGACGCCCAGGGGAACACCAAACACAACCUUGACAGACAGAAGAGUUUAUUGAUGAAGUGUGGAAGAAGAGGAGAAAGGAACAAUGAUAUUCGACCAGCUGCGGCAUCUGGGGGCUUCACUUGACUGGGACAGCUGGGACAUGGAUGCAGCGAGAGACUGGCCUGUGUGUCUGUCUGUACAUCCUGACGGAAGCGUUUGUCCGUCCGUACGAUGCUGGGCUGGUGUACCGCAAGGAGGCUCUCGUCAACUGGUGCUGCAGCCUUCAGUCGGCCAUCUUGGACAUUGAAGUGGACCACCUGCACCUGACAGGACCCACGGAGCUGGCAGUCCCGGGGUACAGCAAACCGGUCAGCUUCGGAAAGAUGUGGGACUUCCCUUACAGACUGGCAGACUCAGGAGGGCAUGGCAUAGCUAGCUGGACAACAUCACAGACUGGUGUGUCUCCCGGCAGCUCUGGUGGGGCCACAGAAUGCCAGUGUACCACAUUACUGCAGCAGAUGGCGAGGAGGUGUGGGUGGCGGCUGCUCGGAGGAGGAUGCAAGGCGGAAGGCUGUGGAGAAGGAAGCAGGAGGAAGAUCUGGACACCUGUUUCUCCUCUGGCCUCUCCCUUUGCCUCGCUGGGCUGGCCGGGUCAGGGGAGGGGAGAGACCAUGCCUGACCUUGCUCGCUUCUACGCAACGACCUUGAAGACGAGUCACGGCAUCCUCUUGUGGGUGGCUCAGGUGGUCAUGCCGGGACUCGACUUGACGGGGAGGCUUUCCUUUGAGACUGUGCUGCUGCAUGGCCUCCAGGGUGAUGGUGGCGGCCACAAGACGUCCAAGUCCUGGGGCAGUGUGAUAAACCCCCUGGAUGUCAUCAGUGGGGUGUCCCUGGAGGUGUGUGACUUGCUGGUGCUGUGUAUUCUGUACUGGUGUUCAUUGGCUGUGGUGAGCAGUACCUUGACAGCAGGUACUGUGCGAGAGGGUGGAGGGGACCCUGAAUGCAGAAGAGGUACUCGCUUGUCUCGUAUGAAGUCCCCCACAGGCAUCCCAGAGUGUGGAGCUGAUGCCCUUCGCUCCACCCUGUGCUCCACCAGCUUCAGGAGUCAGUGUGGCAUAGAUAGAUGUGGAUGACUGUGGUGUCUUGUCUUGUGUGGAGUUACAAGGUUGGUGUAUGGAUGGAACCGUCACCCCAAACAAUGAGUGGUGGAGGGUGCGUUCUGCGUUGACAGCCAGCAUGAGCGGUGACAGGAGCCAUGGGUGCCUUGCCUCCUCGCACCACCACCACAAGCACCACCACUCCUGCCAUCACCUACAAGGGG